GGUCAGACCCAGAGGUUUCCGCUCGGUUCAUAACAGACUGUAAGUGCCAGCAACUGCGCAGGACUUGAGUUACCACCAUGGGAUUUUUUAACAUGCUUCUGAGUUUGGCUGCUAAAGGGGCCGUGAUUCUUUUCUUUCUGCUUCUACUGGCGUUUCUUGGUUACUGCCUGUACAUCAAACGCAUUCAUAUGAAAUAUGACCACAUUCCAGGGCCUCCGAGACACAGUUUUUUCCUCGGACAUUCACCAACGUUUCUUCAAGUGAUGAAAGAAGGCAAAAUUAUACACGACAAGUUCCGGGAAUGGUCCGAGGAAUAUGGGCCUGUUUACAGGACAAAUGUUCUGCAUUUCGUUUUCAUUUGUGUGACCUGUCCAGAGGCGACCAAGGAAAUCCUGAUGUCCCCAAAGUACCCCAAAGAUAAAUUCCUCUACAAGCGACUCUUCAACCUGUUUGGUCAAAGAUUCUUAGGCAAUGGCCUGGUUACAGCUGUGGAUCAUGACCUUUGGUAUAAACAGCGUAGAAUCAUGGACCCUGCGUUUAGCAGUCUAUACCUGAGAGGUCUAAUGGGCACCUUCAACGAGAGGGCAGAGAAACUAAUGAAUAAACUUUCAGAUAUUGCAGAUAGUGGGACCGAAGCCAAGAUGCUCCACCUUGUCAACUGUGUUACUCUAGACGUUAUUGCUAAGAUUGCUUUUGGUGUGGAUUUAGACCUCUUGACUAAUAAGUCUCCUUUUCCUGAAGCCAUUGAGACAUGUCUGAAAGGGAUGGUGUUCUAUAUCAGAGAUACUUUGUUUGAGUUCAAUCCAAAGAACAGACCAUUCAUUAAUGAAGUGAAGGAAGCGUGCCGCCUUCUGCGUACAACUGGAGCUCGGUGGAUCCAAGACCGGAAGACUGCCAUGCAAAACGGCGAAGAUGUCCCCAAGGACAUUCUCACGCAAAUUAUCAAAGCUGCCAGCAAAGAGGAAAACAUGUCUAAAGAAGAUGAUGAAUUCAUGUUGGACAAUUUUGUGACAUUCUUCAUUGCGGGGCAAGAAACAACUGCCAAUCAACUGGGUUUUUGCAUCAUGGAACUGGCGAGACAUCCUGAAAUACUGGAGAAAGCUAAGAAAGAGGUGGACGAUGUCAUUGGGAUGAAACAGGAAAUUACUUAUGAUGACCUGGGCCAGUUGAUCUAUCUGUCACAGGUGCUGAAAGAGGUUCUGAGAAUUUACCCAACGGCUCCAGGCACAUCCCGUGAUGUUGUGGAAGACAUGGUUAUUGAUGGUAUCCACGUACCUGGUGGAUGUACCGCUUUCUUCAGCUCCUAUGUCACUGGGAGAAUGGAAAAAUUCUUCAAGGAUCCACUGACAUUUGAUCCAGAAAGAUUUCACCCAGAUGCACCAAAGCCCUAUUACUGCUACUUCCCCUUUGCCCUUGGCCCGCGCUCAUGUCUGGGACAGAACUUUGCUCAGAUGGAGGCUAAAGUUGUGAUGGCCAAGCUGAUCCAGAGGUUUGACUUCACUCUUCUCCCGGGGGAAACCUUUGAAGUCCUGGACACAGGUACCCUCAGGCCAAAGAGUGGAGUGUUGUGCUCUGUCCGACACAGGAAGUACAGCAAAUAAAUGCUCGUAAAGUAACAUAACAUAAAUGGAAAUCGUAAUAACAGUGCCAUUGCUGAGUUUGGGCUGUGUCUUAUACUGCUAAACUGCUUCUCUGACUUUUAAACACUACAAAAUAGACUAAUGUUAAUUAAAUGUGAAAUAUAUGUAAUUAUAUGUUCUGUUUAUUCACAUUUUAAUUUUUGUUACUUAUUACUGAUUUUAUUUUUCCAAUAGCAAUAGCCUAUGAAUCAUUAUGAAGUGAUCUUCGUGUUUUGUGUAAUCACUAAACUGCUGAACACACAGAAAUGUGCAACACAAAUUCUGAAUAUGACAUGUUACGCAAAUUAAAACAAACCAAAUCAA